AUGCUGCCAUUGCUCACGGAAGAGCCAUUGUUGGUGCAGACGUGUAUUGUGGGAGGUUGUGCUGCGACGACGUUCACGUCUUUUUGGACGACGCUGACGUUUUUGUUGAGUGAUGAGCAUGGACCGUAUCGGUAUUCGAGUCUGGUGAUUGGGUUGUUUGCGCUCAUUGGUAUUGCGGGGCUGAGUCUUGGCCCGCUGUGGUCAAGGUACGUGAUCGAUGCAUUUCGGACGCACUUCUCCGUCCUCAUAGGGCUUAUCAUCAUCUUCAUUGGUACGUUGAUCGGUACGCUCGUUGGUGCUCCCAGUUCCGGGCUCGGCGGCAAGGGGGUAGCUGGACCAAUCAUCCAGGCUUUUUUCCUGGAUUUCGGGUUGCAGAGUAGUCAGAUUGCGAACAGAGCGGCGAUCUAUGCCUUGCAGCCGAAGAAGAGGAAUAGGGUGAAUACGGUGUUUAUGAUUGUGGGAACCUCGGUGGGGAAUAGUGUGUAUGCGAGAAGUGGGUGGAGAGGGAGUGGGGGGGUCAGUCUAGGAUUUAUUGGGGCGGCGGCGAUAGCGUGGGGAAUGCGGGCGCCCGGGGUGGAGAAGGAGGGGGAGAAGAAGAGGUGGGUUGGUUGGAAGGGGGAUUGGGGCGUUAGGAAGGUUGUGGAGGAGGGAGACGGAGAGGUGGGGCGGGGAGAGGGUGAAAAGUCGGGGGAGGAAGGGGAGGAGAAGGCUGGGAAGGAGGAGGGGGAAGUCAAGACAUUUGGAGAUAAAGAUAUUGAUUUGGAGAAGGGUGAGUGA